AUGAAAAAGCUUCUACGUGACAAAGAUGCUAGCUUUGACAUGACACACGAUAAAGAAGAAGAAAGUGAUAUCAAGAACGUAAAAAGGGAAACAAGAUAUAUUAGAGUCAAUGAUGAAGACCUUAAAGAUAUUGAAAAUUUGCUUGGAAUGGCGGUACACAAUAAGGAUGAAGCAUAUAAAUUGUACAAUGAUUAUGCCAUACGAAUUGGGUUUAGUAUUCGAAAAGAAAAACCCAAAUAUUCAAAAGAUGGUAUAAGAAAACGAGAGUAUGUGUGUUCAAAAGAGGGAUUCCCCCGAGAUAAUGACCAUUUGGAUGAUAAGAAGUUCAAUAAAUUACAAACUAAGACUGGUUGUGAAGCGAGUAUCCUAUUUACAGUGACAGAUGGUGAGUGGAAGGUUACUCACUUUAAUUCUAAUCAUAAUCAUGAACUUGCAAAACCAGAAGAAAAACCGUUUCUAAGGUUGAAUCAAAAAAUAACUGAUGCUCAGUUAGGUGUAAUAAAAACUUUCAAGGAAGCGGGUAUAAGAACAAUAAGCGCAUAUACCUAUUUAGCUAAGAAAGCUAGAGGGUUUAAAAAUGUUGGAUUUAUAAAAUGA